GCGAAGGAGCGCGUAGCAGUCGCUGGACUCCCGGAGGUUCAAUCUCAUCCGAGCCACCGGAGCAAGAAAAAAACGGACUCUCCGUACCCGAAAAACUCAACUUUGGCUUUUAUUUCCAUCUUCUUGGGCGCGGUUGAUUUUUUCAGGCGUUGAAAGAACACUUUUCCGGUCUUGAAGUUGGAGGGAAACAGGUAACUGACGGCCUCUACGCAGUGACCCCGCCCUCUUCGUCCUCUCCGACCCUUUGACUCGUCUACUCAGACAUGUCCACCGAGGCCACGUCCAUCCAGGGGGCUCGGCCCGCGACCCCGCCGCUGCCCUCGCCGGCAUCCCCGCGUUCCGAAGAGUCUCUGAAGCUUCCAGCCUGCAGACAGAGAGACCGCUCCCCUUCCCCCAUGAGAGGCUACCUCAUCCCCAGCCCUCUGCCCACACGCAGGAACAGGACCUUCUCGGCGACGGCCCGUGCAGCCGAGGGUCCGUUGUAUAAAGGCGUGUGUAAAUGCUUCUCCCGCUCUAAAGGCCAUGGCUUCAUCACGCCAGCGGACGGAGGCAACGACGUCUUUGUCCACAUCUCGGACAUCGAGGGCGAGUACGUGCCGGUGGAGGGCGACGAAGUGAGCUACAAGAUCUGCUCCAUCCCCCCCAAGCUGGAGAAGGUGCAGGCGGUGGAGGUGACCAUCACCCACCUCAACCCGGGAACCAAGCACGAGACCUGGGCCGGGCACGUGAUCAGCAGCUGAACCCCGACACACACUUGAGGGAGAAGGAGGGGGUCGGAGCGGGGCGGGUCGGGGCGGGGUGGGGAGCGGGUGAGUUUUGGGGCAGUUUGUGCAGACACGUUCAUAUUUGUGUGAGGAGAUCAGCAAGUCUGGAAUGAGAUUAGUUUUGAAUCUUAAAAUCCGUUUGUGUCUAUAAACACCGGUAAUUGUCCCACCUCCACCCCUCCCACCUGGCUCUGCCUGACGCUCGGGUUUUUUUUCCCUUAAACUCGCCUGGCAGGCUCAGUUUUGGAUCCAAGUGUUCCUGCCAGUCCCUUUUGGGUCCCGUUCAAAUUCAACCAACUGAGAGGUCUGAGACAUUUACAGGUCCACACACACACACACACACACACACACACACACACACACACCAAACAUAAUAAACAAGCACAGACUUUGGUACACAGGCUCAGAUCUCAUUAUCGACCGAUAUAUAAAUAUGAACGAAAGUCUCCACAAACGUGCACCAGUCUCUAAUAGACGUGGUCGUGGAUGUAGGGAGGGUCAGGAGAGGAGAGAAGAGUCAUUUACCAGCUGUUAAACACUUUGACAAACCCCAAAAUGUCACAGAUCACAGGUGAAGCUUCCUUUCUGGAGUCCGUUUGUUCUGGGCGAGGGUGACGACACACGAGUAGAUUAAACUUUGCGCUUUUCUGCGUUUUAAAGCCCCGCUGGUGAAAGUUUGGCUGUUUGCAGUUUUUGGGAGUGAACCAGAGAGGAGGAUUGUUUUUUCUGUGUGUGCCUGCUUCAACCAGAGAACUUACAUCUCUCUUUGUGCCUGAUUAUAUCGAUCUGUCAUCUGUAUUUGGUUGUGUUUGGGUAGUUACAUCGGUGAAAUAAAGUAUUUUCAUCUGGUA